AUGUCAUACACAAAUGAAAGUUUUGUACAGAUACGCGAAUUUAAAGCUGUUAUUUUAGCAGGAGGUACUGGCAGAUUAUUGAGCCCACUAACUCCAUCAACUCCUAAAGCCUUAUUACCAGUCUGCAAUAAACCUAUGAUUUGGUAUCCUUUGACAAAUCUCAGAAAGCACAAGAUUCGUGAUAUCCUUGUCUUUUGCAAUGAUAAACAUACUAGUAUGAUUUCCUCAUAUAUUGAGCAUGAGUUUGGUUGUAAAGGACCUGUAGAAUAUGAUGGAUACUGUACAGACAUUAAAGUUAUAGGGGUUGAAGGAGACGACACAGAAGGGCUUCUUGGAACUUGGACAACUUUAGUACAAUAUGGAGAAAAAUAUCUAAGUAAUUCAGAUUUUUUUGUAAUACCAUGUGAUGUUAUCGGGGCCCUAGAUCUAUUAAGUGUAGUGACAAGCCACAGGAUUACACAGGCAGUAUGUACUGUACUACUAUCCAAGGUAAACUCGAAGACUAGUUCUUGUUCAGGAAAAUCAUCUAACAUUCAAACACAAGGAGGAUGUAUAGGAGGUAUAUCAGUUGAUAUACAACGAGAUAAAAAUAUGACAAUUUUUACUCUGGAUGAGGAGCAACAUCAAAUAGUAGGUAUGAAAGAUUAUUACUCAGCUAAAGAAGAGAAUAUUGCAGCUGAAUUAACGAAGCUACAAUUAUUUUGGCAUACGAAUGUUACAGUAAGUUCAAGCUACGUGGAUCUACAUGUUUACUUAUUUAAACAAUCUAUUUUUAAUAUUGAAAAAGUAAUUAAUAAAGAGGUCUUUAUAAAUACAAUAGAGUUACCAAAUGAUAGUAUAGAAUCUAUAAGAUUGGAUUUAGUACCAUUUUUAAUUAAAAUGCAACAUAUUCCAGGUUCUGAAUAUUGGAGUAUAUCAAAAUUAGACUGCGUAUCAUUUGCAGAUGAGAUAGAUAUGAAUUUACCAAUGCAUCCUAAUAAUGAAAAAUAUACAAAAGCUAACUUGCCUCCUAAACUAUCUGGUACAAAUGUUUCAUACUGCAUGCAACCUUCUGAUGAUAUUUGUAUUCGUGUAAAUACAUUAUUAAAUUAUCAUGAAUGUAAUUUAUCUGGAACAUCUUCUCAAUUUUUUCCUGCAUGGCUCUCACAUACUCAAGUUAAUCCUGCUGGGAAGGAUGUAUAUCUCGGUGACAAAUGUACUAUUGGAAAGAGUACACAGAUAAGAAGAAGCUACAUUGGCUCUUAUGUCAAUGUAGGAGAUGGAGUUAAAAUUGUUAACUGUAUAAUUAUGGAUAAUGUUACUAUUGGGAACAAAUGUGUUAUUCAAAAUUCCAUUAUUGGGAAUAAAGUUUCAAUUGGAGUUGGUUGUAAAGUAUCUUAUUGUGCAAUUGAAGAUAACUUUACUGUUGAAGAUAAUUCAAAAAUUCAAAAUGAAACAUUGGAGAAGCGAGACACUAUUUUAGAAAUUGAGGUAUAA